GGUCUUAACCGAGAUUCCGUCAGCCAAGAAGACCUGCGCUUAUUAUGAGGUCUGGGCGAUGCUGCUUUGCAUUCUCUUAAUUUACUAAAAGAAUAAAACUAAAACAAACCCUGAACUGGAGCUGCGUGCGCACUGGAGCCGACUGUCGGCUCAAGGAGAGCUACAGUUUUGGGCGCACUCGGCCACUCAAACGGGAGGGACGGAGGCGGCUCAGAAUUCAAUGCCGACGUCCCCCAGAGCACAGCCUACCUAGACUUUGUCGUGAAAUAAUUCACAGUGAACGGUUCAGCGAGAGCAACAUUUUCUGUGGGGUGGGGGAACGAAACUUGAUCACAAGUACCUUUGAAGGCCGGCCACAUGUGGGAAAAGACCCGAGGAAGACGAGGAUUUUCGUGCCUACCGGAGUAGCCCCUUCUGGACAGGGCGAGACCCAGAAGUGGACUUUCGAGACGUACUAUAGGAGAAGGAUCAGACCUGGAUUUUAACCCUACUGGGCGGGACUCUUCCCUAGCCACAUUUGCUAGCUCAUGCAAGUCACCCCCGCUUUAGCUUUCGAGUGGGCCUUUUUGAGGCGUGUUUGCGCACAGCACACCUGCUUACAGGCACAUUUAGCACACUAGUGGCUUACCGAAAAGGCACCCAGCCCCUUCCAUUGUGAACCUAGCAGGGAAACAAUGUUUUCCCUCUCCCCGCUUCCCCCCUCUUUUCAUCAAAGUGAUUUUGUGUGUGUGUGCUGUCGGGUUAGCAGGGAGUAAAACUGCAUCCCUCGAGGACGCGCGCGCAAUCCAAAGGUGCAUCCAUCUCUCGCGCUACUGCUGCGGCUCGUUACCCUGGGCUGUCUUUCUUUCUGUCUGCCUUGCAAUUUCCUCUCCUACCAGCAGCGAGCAGCAACUGGACGCGUGUGAGAGGAGGCGAGCGCGAGACGCGCGCGCAGUCGGCCACACAGGCUCGUGGCGCGAGAGAGCGCGUACGCGGGCACACACACAUCGAGGGGAGGGGAAGGGCUCCAGAGGCUUGGUACGUUCCUGUGUGGACGAGAAUCAGUCAGCGAGCCCAGGAGCGGGAGGGCGAGCCCCUGCCAUUAGGCACCUCGUUCCAGUCAUUCGCCUCCCUCCUCAUGCCGGCGGCUCCCGCUCUUUCGCAGCCCGUCGCCUGGGUCUCCAACCUGUUUGUGGAGGUCACUCUUGGGCCACCAGCAGCCUGUGGCUUCUUCCCUUCAUCGCCUCCUCGCAGCGUCUGAGGGUCUUUCCUCUGGAGACACGAGUCGGAGCUGGACAGUGACCGAGGAAGCAAGCCCCGGCGCCCCGCACGGUUUGGGACUUACAAGCCAUCCAUUACCGCCCCAUCUCACACCCACCCACCCCGGAGGGAUUUACUUUGUCAGGAGGAGCCCGCCGGCUGUGAUAGCCGAAGAGAUGUACCUAGACCCAGAGGCGAGCAAAGGGGCACCUUCUCGUGAAGUCCUCCUGGUCUCAGCCAUCAUCACCAUCAGCCUUAGUGUCACUAUUGUCCUGUGUGGGAUCUGCCAGUGGUGUCAGCGCAAAUUGGGCAAACGUUAUAAAAGCUCCUUGGAGACAGUGGGAACUCCAGAUUCCAGCCGAGGUCGCAGUGAAAAGAAAGCCAUUAAUGAUCUAGACAGAGACUUUUGGAAUAACAAUGACAACACAGUGCAGCAGAAAUGGAGCUCCUACCCUCCCAAGGAGUUUAUACUAAACAUAUCACCUUACGCCCCAUAUGGUGAUCCACGACUUUCCCUCAAUGGCUCCUUGUUGUCCAGUGGAAAGUUGGCUGCUUCAGCCACAGCGGGAUUGGCAGGGGAGCGAGAAGGACGCCAUGGGGAGAGGCCACAGCUCCGAGAGGACGGCAUGAAGAGCAGUGUGUCUGCCCACAGCGAGCCCAGCAUUGGGAAGGCGGGGAGAGGCCGAUGGCAAACGGUGCAGAGCCACCUAGCAGCAGGGAAGCUCAGCCUAUCCAAUUUUGAGGAUUCCACCAUGUCCACAGCCACUACCCUUGAGUAUAUCCCCGCCUCAGCAGGAGACCCGAAAUGCCAGCGCCCACGCACCCUCUUGCGCCAGCAGAGUCUCCAACAGCCACUCAGCCAGCACCAGAAACCCAACCACAGCCAGCCCACCACCAGCCAGAGCUUGGGUCACCUGCAGUCUCACACCACUUCCUCCACCAGUGGCAACCCCCGGGGCUGUCGGAGUGGGCAGUCACGGCAAGGGACCUCUGCUGGCUCCAAGCACAGAACAGCUGGUGGCCGCAGCCGCUCCAACCCUGGGAGCUGGGACCAUGUGGUGGGACAGAUUCGGAACCGAGGCUUGGAUAUGAAAUCUUUCCUGGAAGGCCGUAUGGUGGUGUUGUCCCUUGUUUUGGGGCUUUCAGAACAGGACGACUUUGCCAAUAUACCUGAUCUACAAACCACUGGAAACCAGCAGAACCAGAACUCUCAGGGGGACAAGAGGUUGCCCUCUGGAGGCAAAGUGGUGAACACAGCUCCUGUGGCAGGGCAGACACAACACGAAGAGUUUGACCAUAAAACAGAGCCUCGCUCAUCUGUCUCAGACCUUGUAAACUCCCUGACCAGUGAGAUGCUGAUGCUCUCCCCUGGGUCUGAGGAUGAUGAGGGACAUGACAGCUCUAGCCGAGAGAACCUGGGCCGGAUCCAGUUUAGUGUUGGCUACAAUUUCCAGGAAUCCACCCUGACUGUGAAAAUAUUGAAAGCUCAGGAGCUGCCAGCCAAGGAUUUCAGUGGCACAAGUGACCCUUUUGUCAAAAUUUACCUCCUACCAGAUAAAAAACAUAAGCUGGAGACAAAGGUCAAAAGGAAGAACUUAAACCCACACUGGAAUGAGACCUUUCUCUUUGAAGGUUUCCCAUAUGAGAAAGUGGUUCAGCGGGUGCUCUAUCUACAGGUUCUGGAUUAUGAUCGGUUCAGUAGGAAUGAUCCCAUUGGGGAAGUGUCUAUUCCCCUCAACAAAGUGGAUCUGACGCAGAUGCAGACAUUCUGGAAAGACCUAAAGCCCUGCAGUGAUGGGAGUGGAAGACGAGGAGAGCUGCUCCUAUCCCUUUGCUACAACCCUUCUGCUAACUCUAUUGUUGUGAAUAUUAUCAAAGCUCAGAAUCUUAAAGCCAUGGACAUUGGGGGAACAUCAGACCCCUACGUGAAGGUGUGGCUGAUGUACAAAGACAAGCGGGUGGAAAAGAAGAAGACAGUAGUGAUGAAGCGGUGCCUGAACCCUGUCUUUAACGAGUCCUUCAUCUUCGACAUCCCCACAGAGAAACUGAGGGAAACUACCAUUAUCAUCACUGUCAUGGAUAAGGACAAGCUCAGCCGGAAUGAUGUCAUUGGAAAGAUCUACCUGUCAUGGAAGAGUGGCCCAGGUGAAGUGAAGCACUGGAAGGAUAUGAUCGCACACCCCCGGCAGGCAGUGGCACAGUGGCACCAGCUGAAGGCCUGAGAGGGAGAAGCCAAGGACUCGCUCUGGGUUUCAAUGCACCAAGUCAACAUUUAUUGGCCACACUCUCACUACUUUAUGCACAACAGCUGCACCUAGGUCUCCCCCGAGGGAAAAGCUUGGGAAUGACCAUAGGCUAAGGGUGCGAACCUGCAACAUGUACUAAACUCUGGGAAAGUGGUAUCGGUGCCCAAUGUGCUGGUUCAGUAUGCAGCAGCAUCAGGAGCAUUGUUAAUACCCAACCUCCUGCUUUAGCCUUUCCUUCAGACUCCUUAUGUAGAAGAGAGAGAGAGAGAGAGAGAGAGAGAGAGAGAGAGAGAGAGAGAGACCAGAGCAGAUCAGCCCUCCAGCUGACGGUGGCCUCAGCACUGAAUUGUUUGAGUUUACAGUGUAGCAAUGGCACUGGCAUGAUGGGAGGAGAGGGGUCUGCUGCUGCCAUACAAGACUUCCUAUGAGUUCUUCCAGCCAAAGGCUAAUUGGGAUGGCACCCUAUUCCGCCAUGAGAAAGCUGGCCCCUGCCAGUGGCUGCACUGACCUAAAAGGUGGCAUGGCAAGGAGAUCACUUGCUCUGUUUCAAUGAGGUUGCUUUGUUAUAAUUCAAUAAAACUUGUAAGAGUAAUAAGAAUAAUAUAAAUAAUAAUGCUGGCUAGAUCUUUGUCCUAGCUGGGCCUCUCAGAAAAAAGGGGAGAGGAGCCAUGAAGCUCCCAUAGCCCCCUGUGUGUGUUGUGUGUGUGUUGUAACUAUGCGUGCAGGGCAUUUGUGUGUCACUUGUGUUCUCUUUCUCUCUCAGUCCUAGAUAAAUUGUUUCUCUGAGGGAGUUUGACUUAACUGCCCAGCAAGAAUUGAUGGAGAGCUUAUGCCAUGUGGGAAAGAGGGAGUAACAGAUUUCAGAGCUUUGAUUCAGGCGAACCGUGAGAGGCGAGGAAGCCAUUUUCUUAACUACACUAGAACCCACAAAGCACAUGUUCCAAGCUGAAGUGUCAUUGUAGCACUAGGGGGAGCUUAACUUUUAAUUGUCCCUUUUGCUUGGCAGAAGUAAAGGAGACAUGCUGAUCAGUCCCAAAUUGUCUGGGGUAAGCAAUUCAAACUGACCCCUUUCAACAUCCCAUCACCCUUGUCACACAGGGCCCUAAGCGGUUCAUCUGUUUUCUCUACUCAGCCAGGCACGAGCAUCCUACCCACUCCAAUCUGUCAUGGAACAAAUCUGACUUCCCCCAUCUUGAUUCCAAAGCUUGUUUUCACUCAACCCAUAGCAGCCCUUCCAUUGGAAACAAGCAAACAUCUGUAUAAUUUCCAGCUAAUCACCUUCCCACUUUCUGUACUCUCCUACAGCUCUGCUAAUGGAAACUGACAUCUUACUUGGAAUUCACAUAUCCGAAAUGUAGAUUAUGCCAAGAGAA